AAAGGUAUUGAACCUUCGCUCUGCUACUUCUCUUGGCAGAUGUGAAAAACAAGGAAAUGCAAAGUGGAAAUCAGUCUUCUGUGUCGCACUUCAUUUUGGUGGGCCUGCACCACCCACCACAGCUGGGUAUACCACUCUUCCUGGCUUUCCUUGUCAUCUACAUCCUCACUAUGUCAGGCAAUGGGCUCAUCAUCUUCACGGUCUUGGUGGACAUCCGGCUCCACCGUCCCAUGUACUGGUUCCUAUGUCACCUUUCCUUCCUAGACAUGACCAUUUCCUCUGCCAUUGUCCCCAAGAUGCUGUCUGGCUUUCUUUUGGAUAGUAGGGUUAUCUCCUUUGGGGGUUGUGUAAUUCAACUGUUUUCCUUCCAUUUCCUGGGCUGCACUGAAUGCUUCCUUUACACACUCAUGGCUUAUGACCGUUUUUUGGCCAUCUGUAAGCCUUUACACUAUGCCACAAUCAUGACCCGCAGUGUCUGUACCUACCUGGCUUUUGGCACCUGGUUAGGAGGCACCCUCCACUCACUCUUCCAAACAAGCUUCAUAUUCCAGCUGCCCUUCUGUGGCCCAAACCAGGUAGACUACUUCUUCUGUGACAUUCCUGCCAUGCUGCACCUGGUCUGUAUUGACACCACCGUCAAUGAGCUGGUCACCUUUGUGGACAUUGGCUUCCUGGUUCUCACCUGCUUUGUGCUUAUCCUCACUUCCUAUGGCUACAUAGUUGCUGCCAUCUUGAAAAUCCAUUCUGCCAAUGGCCGCCGCAAUGCCUUCUCCACCUGUACUGCCCACCUCACUGUUGUCAUUGUUUACUACGUUCCCUGCUCCUUCAUUUAUCUGCGGCCUGGCUCAGAGGAACCCCUGGAUGGGGUGGUAGCUGUGUUCUACACUGUCUUUGCUCCCUUACUUAACCCCAUCAUCUACACACUCCGCAAUAAAGAGAUGAAGGCAGCACUGGGGAGACUGAGAGGCUGCAAGGACAUCCAGCCUCACUGA